AUGCCCGAAGCGCUGUCGCUGCUGUGCCGGGUCCCCGCGCACCCCGAGUCCCGCUGCUGGGCCCUGGCCUGGAGCCCCGGCGGGGCCCUGCUCGCGUCCUGCGGGGGAGACCGCGCCGUGCGCGUGUGGGGACGGGCGGGCUCCAGCUGGACAUGCCGAGCGGUGCUGGGAGACGGGCACCAGCGCACCGUGCGCAGGGUCGCCUGGUCCCCCUGUGGCUCCUACCUGGCUUCUGCCAGCUUCGAUGGCACCACCUGCGUCUGGAAGCGGCAGGAGGAUGGAUUUGAGUGCGUGGCCACCCUCGAGGGGCACGAGAAUGAGGUGAAGUCGGUGGCCUGGGCACCCUCGGGGUCCCUGUUGGCCACGUGCAGCCGAGACAAGAGUGUCUGGGUGUGGGAAGUGGAUGAGGAGGAGGAAUAUGAGUGUGUGAGUGUCCUCAAUGCCCACACACAGGACGUGAAACAUGUGGUGUGGCACCCGAGCCAGGAGCUCCUGGCCUCUGCCAGCUACGACGACACGGUGCGUCUGUACCGGGAGGAGGAGGACGACUGGGUGUGCUGUGCCACCCUGGAGGGACACGACUCCACCGUCUGGGCCGUGGCCUUUGACAAGGAGGGGGAGCGUCUGGCAUCUGUCAGUGAUGACAGGACCCUCCGGGUGUGGCGCCGGUACCACCCCGGGAACCAGGAAGGCGUGGCCUGCAGUGGCACCGAUCCCACCUGGAAGUGUGUGUGCACCCUCUCAGGGUAUCACAGCAGGACCAUCUACGACGUGUCCUGGUGCCACCUGACAGGUGCCCUGGCCACAGCCUGUGGUGACGACGCCAUCCGGGUGUUCGAGGAGAGCCCCACGUCGGAGGAGGCCCAGCCCACCUUCAGCCUCACCGCCCACGUGCCCCGGGCACACUCCCAGGACGUCAACGGGGUGGCCUGGAACCCCAAGGAGCCAGGACUCCUGGCGUCCUGCAGCGAUGACGGGGACAUCGCCUUCUGGAAGUACCAGCGCCCCGAGGGCUGCUGAGGGGACAGACCCCCUUGUGUGUCCCCCUGAGCCCACCCUGGCCUGCUCCUCCUUCUCACCUGUGGGAGGCCAGGACAGCUGUGCCAGACUCUGGUUGGAUCCAGGAUCUGGAGCAGGACUUUCUCCCCUCUCUUCAUCCCCCACACCCAAUAAAUCCAUGAGCUCCUGGC